AUGGAGUGGGAAAGGAGAGGAGGCAUUGGUAUGGUUUUAGGAAUAGCAGCUGCAGUUGUAUUGGUUCUUGGGUUCUUCUUCCCAACAUGUACUUUGUCAGAAUCCUCAGACGAUAUCAACAGGGCCAGCUUUCCAAAACGUUUUGUCUUUGGUACCGCAUCUUCUGCUUUCCAGUAUGAAGGUGCAGUAAAAGAGGACGGAAGGGGGGCCUUCCACCUGGGACAUCUUUUCACAUACUUUUGUAACGCGGAUGUUGCUGUGGAUCAGUAUCACCUUUACAAUGGAGAUGUACAACUUAUGAAGGACAUGGGAAUGGAUGCUUAUAGGUUUUCAAUAUCCUGGUCCCGGAUUUUCCCCAAUGGAACUGGGCAAAUCAAUCAGGCAGGUGUUGAUCACUACAAUAAUCUCAUCAAUGCUUUGCUAGCCAAAGGAAUUGAACCAUAUGUGACCCUCUAUCACUGGGACCUUCCUCAAGCCUUGGAAGACAAAUAUAAUGGAUGGCUCAACCCUCAGAUCAUAAAGGACUUUGCAACGUACGCAGACACAUGCUUCCAAAAAUUCGGUGACAGGGUGAAGCACUGGAUCACAUUCAAUGAGCCGCACACAUUUACUAUACAAGGAUAUGAUGUAGGUCUCGAGGCACCAGGAAGGUGCUCUAUCCUGCUUCACCUUUUCUGCAGGGCUGGAAACUCUGCCACUGAGCCUUACAUAGUUGGUCACAAUGUCAUCCUUUCUCAUGCAACUGUGGCUGAUAUUUACAGGAGAAAGUAUAAGUCAAAACAGCAUGGAUCAGUUGGAGCAUCAUUUGAUGUUAUCUGGUAUGAACCAGAAACAAACUCCACAGCAGACGUCGAAGCAGCCAAAAGAGCCCAAGAUUUUCAGCUUGGCUGGUUUCUUGAGCCGUUUAUUUUUGGGGAUUAUCCAAGUUCUAUGAGAAGUAGAGUUGGAAGCCGGCUGCCAACCUUUUCUAAAUCUGAGGCUGCUCUACUUAAGGGGUCAUUGGAUUUUGUGGGAAUUAAUCAUUACACUACCUUCUAUGCGAGAAACGAUACUACUGAUUUUAUUGGAGGUCUGCUCAAUGACAGCCUUGCAGAUUCUGGUGCUAUUACCCUUCCAUUCAAAAACGGGAAACCUAUUGGAGAUAGGGCUAAUUCUAUAUGGUUAUACAUAGUGCCUGAGGGGAUGAGAAAAUUAAUGAACUACAUCAAGCACAAGUAUGGCAACCCUCCAGUCAUUAUCACUGAAAAUGGCAUGGAUGAUCCAAAUAGCCCAUUCAUUUCCCUUAAGGAUGCUCUAAAGGAUGCGAAAAGGAUCAAAUACCACCAUGGCUAUCUAACAAAUUUGCUAGCUUCAAUCAAAGAAGAUGGCUGCAAUGUGAAAGGUUAUUUUGCAUGGUCUCUGCUGGAUAAUUGGGAGUGGGCUGCUGGAUUCUCUUCUAGAUUUGGCCUCUACUUUGUUGAUUAUAAGGACAAGCUCAAGAGAUACCCCAAGGACUCUGUUCAGUGGUUCACAAACUUCUUGACUUCUACUUAA